ACAGCAAUAGGAGCAAACGUCGCGCUGGUUCACGUUUCGAUUGAUCAACGAUUGGGUCUCAAAAAGAGGAAAUUUCGACAAAAUGGCGGAGAGAAAGCAAGUGAACCGGUAUUAUCCGCCGGAUUUCGAUCCGGCCAAACACAAGAGCAUCAACAAGUACCGCAACUCUCACCCGCUGAGAGAGAGGGCCAAGAAAUUGAGCCAGGGCAUCUUAGUCAUUCGGUUUGAGAUGCCCUAUAACAUAUGGUGUGGUGGAUGCGGAAAUCAUGUAGGCAUGGGGGUGAGGUACAAUGCAGAGAAAAAGAAAGUUGGAAAAUAUUACACAACUCCCAUCUAUCAGUUCAAGAUGAAGUGUCAUCUUUGUGAUAAUUACAUCGUCAUGGAAACUGACCCCAAGAACUUCGACUAUACCAUCAUCAGUGGGGCACAACGCAAGAACCAGAAAUGGGAUAUGGCCGAGAAUGAGCAGGUUUUGACUGAGGAUAGGGAAGCUGUGAAGAAGCUCUCCCGAGAUGCAAUGUAUAAGUUAGAGCAUGGUGUUGACGAUACAAAAAAGCUGAAGAAAGCUGCACCAUCUCUCACAAAGAUUGCGGAGAUUCAGUCAGCUAAGAAGGAUGAUUAUGCCCAGAACCAAGCCCUCAGAAAGAAAUUUAGGACGGAGAAGAAGGAGCUCAUUGCUGUUGAAGCUAGUGACAAUGCUCUUUUAUCAAAAUCUUCUUUAGAGAUUGAGCUUGUACCAGAGACUGAGGAGGACAAGAAAUUGGCUUCUCUUCUAAAAUAUUCAGUUCCAGAAUCUUAUGAGGAAAAGAGGGAGCAGAAGCGCGAUUCAAUCCAGAACAGAAACAUAUUCGCUCCAUCCACAGUUAGCUCCCCAAACAGCAUUGAAAUUUCUCCACGUUCAUCCUCCUCGUCAUCCUCCUCCUCGUCAUCCAUCAAGAGGUCAUCUGGAGCACAGCAAACACUGAUCAACAAGGUCAUGAAGAAGGCAUCAGUCUUUGGAUCUCUGGGGUCCAAGAGCAGCAGCAGCAGUGAUCUCAAGGCCUCGGCCAAGGAGUGGCUGGGGAAAACAACAAAAUCCUUAAUAGGUGGGACUGCUGGAAUCAUAUUGAAAAGAAAACGCAAGUGCAGUGAGGACAGUGCUUCUGUUAGUCAUGAAGUGAGUAAGAGAUCCAAGUUGUCUAAUGAGACCGAAACUAGGGAAGGUGGUGGAUUGACUGUUAAAAGAGAUGCUGCCAGAGAGCAGUCAGAUCAUAGCGUAAAUAUUAAUAAAGAUGCAAGGUUACAGGAAUUAGACGUAGGUGGUACAGAAGACAUACAAGGUCUGCAGGAUGAUCCUGUCGACCCAACUAAAGCAGAGAGAGUUCUACCAUCAGGAAAGUCUUUCUCACCAUCAGCACAUCAAAUUGAGGAAGGUAGAUGCUGCUCCGAGAGUCUGUCUAGGAGCACUUUAAGCUCUUCAUCUUGCUUGAACAGUUCUGAUAAGACUCCAGGAAAAUCAACUGCUUGUGCUAGAAAGGUCUCAUCAGAAAUCGGGGAUACAUCCUUGCAAAGCCAUACACGCUGUGCACAAAGUAGAAGAGAAAGCCCUGACGGCUCCACCGAUGUGAACAGCAAUUCUGAAGCACAAUCCCGAUCGCACAUAAGAACGUUUGAACAUGAAGAGAUCGGUGCAGCACCCAAGGGUUCUACGUGUGAACACGACUCGUCCAAUCUUAGUGUUGAAGUUGACGGAGAAGUAUCAAGAACAGAGAGUCUCCAGAAAAGCUCACUCUCAUUGGUUUCUUGUUAUUCUUCUAGUAGUGGCAGUGAGGAUGAGUUAUGAAGUGGUAUAUCCUUUACUCUAUCCUUCCAGAAUAAAAUCUAUACCCCACAAGUUAUACCCUACAAGCUGUUCAGGUUUGAGGGUUGAAAGGUAAGGUAAAGUUUUAGUCGUGUGCAGGAAUUUUACACGUUGCUGCAUUGGUCAGAUCAUGUGCAUGGGAGAUACUCGGUGUGUUUAAUUAUUAAGUUCCUGUGGGAUAUUACACACUACCGCAUUGGUCAGAUCAUGCUAGGGUUGAGGUUCUCUAGUGUGAAGUCAUCAGUGACUAUCUAACAUGUUGAAUACCAUGUGCGCACUUGGUGGGUGCUUAAUCAUGAUUCUAAGUCACUCUUGUGAGAAUCAGCCCAGAAUCCUACGGGCCUAGCAGUACAGAUAAAAAUGUUGACCCAAAGUAAAAACUGGUCAAGAAAGGCCAAAAUCCAAGUGCACAUGUAAUCAGUUCAUGUAGUAGGUAUCCUCUUCAAAUCCUCUUCACACAUUAUGAGUUUUGUAAUGUUUUUACCUGAAGAAGUGGAGCCAAGCAGAGCAAUAAUCCGUCCAUCAGACGACCAAGCUGUUCUUACGCUUUUUGAAUAUCUUGUCUGCAAAAGAAGUUUUUGAUUCUUCAUCGUAAGUUCUUCGGCAAUCAAAAUCUUUGUUCCUUUCAGCUAUUUCCGAUUUUUAAUCUUCAGGAUCUCUCUCUUCUUCCUGUAGCUGGUCAAUUUAACGAUGAUUGGUUGUGGCUUCGCGGAUGUUGACGAUGACCCAGGUUGCGCUGAAACCGGAGUACGUCCAGUUUGAUUGGAGCGGUCGAUAUCUUUCAUGGUAUCCAAGGACACACCAAGCUUUGCUUGUGAGGACCUCUUUCAGUAUCAGUGUUUUCUUCUAUUUUCUUUCGUAGACCAAAUAUACGAAGGCAUGAUCUCCUCGAGUAUUGUUCAAUGUUGUUCAUUGAAUGCUCCACACCUUUCAAUUUCUUUGUCUUUCCUUUCAGCAUCACCUUUCAACUCAAACAAUUCACCUUGAAUACUUUCUAUGCUUGUCAAUAGUACUUCUACACCAUAUACUAAUAGUCCAUGAGAAAUUAAUGCAUUACCUGUUCUGUUGCAAGUCAACUAUUCAAGUGUUGGACACCUUUGCCGUAAUUCUGCAAUUCUGACAAGGUCCAUUUUGUUAAUGAUUGUACAUUCUUCCAGAAGAUGCUAGAAAAGGGGCAUCAACCACACAGAGAAUGUCACUUCCAUUGAUCCAACAUGUGUCCUCCUUGUUUGGCCAGUGGAAGAAUUUUGAGGGUCCAUGGGGGUGCAUGAAAUGGAUGUAGAAGUCCCCAUGUUCCUCGGACACAUCUUCCACUAACCCGGGGAGCGUUUCAUGAAAGUAGUCAGCACUGACAAGCUGGCUUUCUCUGACAGUUACCAUAGUAACAGUCAGAGGCAAGUGCCUCACAGCCA